AUGGAUGAAACCAUAGAAGUCGUCCUCCAAAAGAAAAGUGUAGAUUCAAAUCUUGGGAUUCAAUUUGUCAACCGGAAUGACUGUGUCGUUCUGCAUUCGGCCACUUCUCCGGAAGCUCAGAAAGCGCUAAGUCCUCCCAUACGGAUUCACUCUGUCAACGGGGUCCAAGCGCAUUCUGCCUUGCAAGUCGCAGCCAUUAUUCGAGAUGCACAGCCGGGAAAGGUGGAGAUUGUAGUGGACAAUAUUCCUGAGAUUUUAUCCAACAAUGUAAACAGCAAGGGAUCAGCAACAGCAACAGCAACAGCCAAUGGCAGUAGUCAACAACAGCUCAACACAGCUUCCUCCAAGAGGUACAUGAUGAGAUCACGCACGAAAAAGAUGCUGUCAUUAAAGAAAACAAAUACCGGUUUGAAAGGCUUUUUCUCGAGUGGCUUGAAAUCAGUUCGUCACAUUGUUCGAGGGAAAAAAGAUAAGAAACGAAGGUCUGCUUUUCUCAAUAGAGAUGGAGUCGUCUCUUCGGAUAGCCAUCUUGAAAAGCACCCAGAUAACCAGAAGUCAAGCGAGAAUCCACCACUGUCGAAGCGAAGUAGUUUGGGGAGUCAACAAAGUCCGAAAAGCAAUGGAAUGGAAGAAUCACAUGUUGCCUUGGAGGGAUCGCAACUGGAGCAAGCUGCCCUUCCGGAUAGUGAGACUGAUGGCGUAGAUAAUGACAAAGACGGUUCCAUGAUCUUCGAUCGACCUAAUUUUGGCGCUGGAGAAAGUCGACGGCGUUCCCUUCAGUAUACCGACAUGGGGCAAUCCAAGGAAUCACUUGGUUAUGGCUACGAACCAAUCGAACUUUCGACUUCUAGUGCAAGGAAUCGAAGAGCUGGCUUCAGACCAAUGCCGAGAUCCUCAUCAGCUCACAGUUUUGGAACGAACAGUCUUAGACACUUACUGGAGGAUCAGCGUGCCACCAGCAGCUUCGCGAUGCGGGGGGCUUUGCCUCUACAAGCAAUGCCUGGAUUGGCAUCCAUGGAGAUGAAGGAAUUCGUCAAGAGUCAACGGAUCAAGGACUGGGUACGCCAAUUCCGUCGCUCAGAUCCUCGGUAUCAAAUUCAUCAUUUCUUCAAUGAUGUAGCACAAGUUGGCACGAACAACAUGGAUGAGUUCAACCCAAUACUUGUAAGUCCUUUGCUUCGGGCUUUCUAUAAGGCAUCUGUUUUCACAGUUUGGCGACCAACCAGCUUUGAUGCCAUUCGGCGAAUGAUGUUGCACGAAGGGGUUGGAAAAGGACUAGAUAUCAAAGGAAAAUCAGCAAAAAAGGGAAAACUCUCCGGCUUUGUUCCAUUUCUACAAAUUCACAACGACGAGCACAAAAAGCAAAUAAGAACACACCCAAAAGAUGCAAGAAUUCGAGUUUUUUUCAAUCAACAGGCUUCGCGAGACUUGGUUGUGAAAAAGCUAAGAGAAGUCUGCAAAGAAAUGAUGGAGACCCUCCAGAAAGCUGAAGAGAUCGUGCAUAGUAGCGAGGAAGAAGAAAUUGAUGACGACAUCAUGGAGUGGGCCUUAGAGAAGCUCAUCUGGGCCAUGGCUGAUCCUACUGUAAAGUGCUUCAAUGAAUAUGCGCCAAAGCAAUUUGGAAUCGAUGUACCAGUUCGGUUGUUUUGGGAAGCCAUAGUAGUUCGGCAGGACAUUUCGAGAGAACCUGGUACCGAAAACGACGUUGGCAGACCCUCCGAACCGAACUUCCAGAACAUGAACAACCUGUCACUGAGGAAAGAACCAACCAAUGGUGGACCAAAGACUGUUCUCAUGCACUAUGUCGAUCCAAACGAUAAGAAUGUGAAUCCUUUGAAUCCCCUAGACUUUGUUAUGGCGUAUGAAGAAAACAAUGGCGUCAUGCCUGUUGUAAGUGAUUUCGAUUGUUUCCUCAUCGGAACGCGUGGAGUCGAAUACCAGGACCCUCUACCAGAGGACCAGCUAAAGGUGCUACAGUGGUGUGUCAAACAAAUUGAAGCUGUGCUUGAGAAUGGAGAGCAGGAUCAAUCGUGGACCGGUACAUGGCUAAACACACUAAAAACGGAAGCAGCAAAAGGAUUUCACCCAGAAAUUCCGCCGCUUGGAUUUAGCGAUCCAAAAACAUACACGAUAAUGAAACAUGCGAUUCAUCGCUUAAGAGAAGAAGGCUCAGUCCGCCAUGGGGCAGAAUGCUUUAACUUUUACUUUCCUCAAGAGUUGGAUGAUCAUUUCUUGGUCAUCUCCGACAACCUACCAGGGACCACCCUUCCAUGGAAAUAUGUUGAUCCGAAAGGUCUACAAGAUAUUCUAAAAUCAAAAAUUGAUGAAGGUUAUGCCUUUCCGUUGAACCCCAAAUGGGUUCUCUGUGAUAAUGGAUGGAAGAGCGUUUAUGACAGUUUAAUGAGCAGUCAAAAAGCAAAUGUUCAAGAUGCGCUCGCAAUGUGGUAUCCCCCUGAAUCUGGGAUCCGUGAGAAAAUCGAGUCAAUACACCAGCAUUACCCAAGUGGGUUCAAUCCAACUCACUCAAAGAUGGUCAAUGCCGACCACGACGGUACAGCAGCCAUGGAUCUUGCCGAACAAGAGUUGCGGUACUACCUUACAUUUCAACGUGCAAAACGGAAACUUCGUGGAAUGCUAAUUUGGAAACGUAUACUGGAUGAGCAUAGACACGAAGCCAAGCUUAAAAGAGAGGCGCGAGAGAUCGCAGCAUUGAGCGGCGAAGGGGAAACAACGGAUGGAUCAAUAGGCGUUGAAGACGAAAAGCCAACAAUAGAGUCCUAA